AUGAACAACUGGCGACCCAGCUACUACCCAGUGGGCGACUUCCGGGAGCUGCGUGAGAACAUGCGCGAGACGCUGCACGAGUCUUCGGAGGAGCGCACCGUGGUGAUGAUUAACUGCGGCGCCACCUGCCACGUCAAGCAGCUCUUGGAGGAAGCAGGGAUCAGCGCGGUCAACAUCCGGUUCGUCGUGAUUGACAGCCACAGGCCCAUAGACGCGCGGUACAACGACGAUAACGACCGGGACUAUCUGCUGCUGCUGGAUGACGACGACCCCUGCCCUCGCGAAAGCAUACCCCCCUACAGCCCGCUGGAUGAGAUGACUGACGAAGACUACAAGCAGCUGCUGGAGGAGGCGGACGCCAGUGACAACGAGAGUGAAGGAGAGUCGGACGGCGAGGGGGCUGGGGGGCGCAGCAAGCGGCAAAAGUCGCACGCGGAAGCCAGCCCCAGCGGCGGCGGACGGGAGCUGGCAAAGCAGCGGUUGCGGGAGGUUGAGGAACGCAAGGCCCUUCUUGACGAAUACUAUGGCUAUGGCAGCUCCUAUGGCAAGCCCGCGGCGCUUUGCACGCUGGCCCUCAUAGAGCAGCGCAGCGCGGGGCUCGUGAUGGGCGACCUGUGGCCAGCCAUGACGGGCCUGACCGAGCAGUUCAUCAGCCAGCGCACUUCUGCCCACCACUACCGGCUGUGGUACGAGAAGCUCAAGGAGAAGCUGGCCACGCUUGGGGGGCGCGACAACUUUUACAUUGACGACGAGGGCAACCAGCGGGCGCUGCCGUCGUCGACCGUCAACAUCACGCCCGCGGUGGACUUCCGGUGCGUGGGGCGGCAGCCGGGGCCAAUCGCCUGCAUCUCUGGAGCCUGA